AGAGACUCUGGUGAAACCUGCACACUAUCAGAUCAUCAAUAAGCAGCUGUCAACAUGAGCUCUGCUAAGCAUUCGCGUGAGAGGGAAAACAUAUUUAACAUCAUUCUUCUGGGAAACUCUGGGACUGGAAAGAGUGCCUCAGGAAACACCCUCCUGAAUGCUGGAAAGCACCAGCGUAGUUCACAUCAAUGUUUUGCAUCUUACCCAAGCUCUACGCCAGUGACCACUAGGUGUAAGGGGAUAGUGGUAGAAAUGUUUGGGACACAGGUUAGAGUGGUCGACACCCCAGAUUUCUUUUAUGAAGACCAACCUGUAGAAAAGGUACAGCUGGAGGAGUGCAAGAAGUACUGUAAGCGUCGGCAGCAUGUAAUGUUACUUGUGUUACAGCUGGGCCGGUUCACAGAUGGUGAGAGAGGACUAUUAGAGAAGCUGGAGAAAAACUUUGGAACAAUCAGAAACAACACAAUCGUCCUGUUCACACACGGAGAAGAUCUGCACUGUGAUGUGAGAAAGUUUAUUGGUGAAAGGACUCACCUCAGGCGCAUUGUGCAAGCUUGUGGCAACCGUUACCAUGUAUUUAAGAACACCUCCAAGGACUCCGGUCAGGUCAAGGCACUAUUUAAAAGAUUUGAAGACAUGUUUCCAAAUUUCAACAUAAAACAAUCAUCUGCGAUGUUUUGUUGUGGUUAGUUUUGGCCAAUUCACACUGAACUAUUUUUUAUAGUCAACAAAAUGUUUCCAUCUUUCACAGAAUAACCGUCAUCUGCUCGGUGUAAUUUGUGUUCGCUUUAAGUGAUUCACCCACCAUGUCAGAAUAAAGUGGUUUGAAACCUAUUAGCCUAUCAUAGCACAGCUGGGGAGUGGAGGAUGCACCUUUCUGUCUUGUUGUAUAGUAA